CGCUCCCGCGGCGUCUGAACUUUCACGAUGGUUUUCGAUACGGACGCGAUAAGCUGACAUGCAAGAACCACAUCAUACGCCGACACGUGUUCAUCUGCAUAUUUAUUGCACGAUUUUGAUGGAUUGCGAGCAGUCUGGCAUGUGUAUAAGGAGAAACGAGCCAUGGCGGAGCUGUGUGAGGUAGACGAGCCGUUCAUUUACAGACUCAACGACAAUGGCUCUGGACCCAGUCUACUUGUUAAGGUGUGCAGUGAGCGUGGCUGGCGCAUAUAUCAGGGCUACAGCGGAUGCGUUGAGGAGCGGUGGAACCUGUGGUGGCGGACCAGCGCCUUCCCAGCUGCCAGUUAUAAGACCCUGGGCGAUUGGCAGUUCAUGAACCACAUACCGAAAGGCGGGUCCAUCUGCCGGAAAGACAGUCUGUCUAGACUCCUGCGCUGCAUGAGACGGAUCUACGGAUCUAUAUACGAUUUCAGCCCACCCUGCUUCCAUCUCCCACUGGAGUACGCCAAGCUGGUGGCCGAGUGCUCCCGACUCCGACACGAGCAGGACGGCGCGGUGUGGAUCCACAAGCCUGUGGCGCAGAGCCAGGGCCGGGGGAUCUUCCUGUUCCGGAGCAUCUGCGAGAUGCGUUGCGGGAGCGCAGCGGUGGUGCAGCGUUACAUCGAGCGGCCGCUUCUCAUAGCGGGAUACAAGUUCGACCUGCGGCUGUACGUGUGCGUGCCCGGGUACAGACCGCUCACGGCGUACAUGUACGCUGAGGGACUGGCUAGGUUCGGAACGGACAAAUAUACUUUGUCAGAUAUCCACAACCCAUACAGACACUUGACAAAUUCCUCUCUCAACAAAACCGGCCCUCGGUAUGCGGAGUGCAAGGAUAGGAUAGGGAGCGGCUGCAAGUGGACAUUGAAACAAGUUCGUCGAGCGCUAGUGGGCCGCUGGGAGGCGACGGAGUGGCUCGUGUGGCAGCGGAUCCGAGCUUUAGUUACCCUGACACUCUUAGCUCAGGCCACAGGAACUCCACCCGCGAGGAACUGUUUCGAGUUCUAUGGCUUUGAUGUUCUGCUGGAUGAUGCUUUGAAGCCAUGGCUCUUGGAGGUGAACCUCUCGCCAGCGCUAGCCGCAGACUGCGAGGCCGACGUGACCGUGAAGAGGCCGAUGCUGCACGAGCUGUUUGACCUGCUUGGACUCCCCAUGCGGCACACCGGCCUCUCGCUUCUACAAGGGCCUCCUGCCACGCAUAUCAACAGUACAUCAUCAGACUGUGACAGUACAGUGCGGACGGUGCGACCCCGUACAUCAGUACCGUCUGCGGGUCGCCCACGUCCGUUGCGGCGGCGGCGCGCCAUGCCAAUACACUGCGUGACGCUGCAAGCGCCCUCUCUCGACAAAGACACGGAAUCCAAUGACAAAGGAAAAUACGCAAACAGCGGAAGCCCAUCUAGCACCUCCACAUCUUCAGGAAGCCCUGAGGAAUCCGACUGCCAGUCAACCCCAAGUCUGGUCACACCGUCGACGGAAGACGAGUCGUGGCGCGGCGGGCACGCGACGGCGGCGAGCCGGCGGCGCAUGAUCAACGCGUGCGCGUGGGGCAACGGCGUGCGCUGGGAGCGGGCGCCCGCGCGCGUGGGCCAGUGGGUCCGGAUAUACCCACACACACUGCCUGAUAAUGAGAUUCAGAUCGAAGAAGUUCGUGAAAGCGUGGCCAACGUGUCAAAAUUCGUCCGUGCAGCGCGCGAGGUGGCGCGCGAAAACGCUCGAGACGCGCGGCCGCCCCGCGACUCGACGCGCGACGCGGAUUUCGAGGCCACACUGCGCAAGAAGUUGGCUUACGGGCCCAACUUUGAAGUGUGGCUACCGCCAGUCUAAGGGUCUAGUUUGUGUUCAUUAAUUUUCGACUGGAGCGAACUGUAUGUGUAACGAUUUAUUACUUUAAUCUGUGCUCCAAUCGAAAAAAUCAGCCUGGGCAUAAGUACCUCGCCUUAGGAUUAAGUUUAAGUUUUUAAUAAACCUAGAGAGUAGUUAGGUAAAUGAAGUCGGUUGACUAUACACCGUAUUGGAUCUCAUUUGCAAUACAGUGUGGCCUAAAAUUUCGUUGACAAAGAUUUUUAAUGCGGCAUUUGGUUGGUAACAAAGCUGUGCGUUUGUGUAUGUUUACCUAUGUUUGUGUGUGAUUAAAUGAUUGUAAUUUCAAUUUUUAAUGACAUUUUGUAAAAGAUGUAAAAUUAAAGACAGUAUUUAUGAGCCACCUGUAGUUGCAAUGUUUAGGUUUUAAACUUGUUUUAUUUUCGGUUAGUAAGUUCUAACUGUCAACUGGCGAACUAAGAUAUAAUUUUAAACUAACGUAACAAAUAAA